CUGGUUCUAACGCAUUAAAGUGAAUCACUAUUGCCCUUCAGAUGCCAAUUCACAUCUUGUUCAUAUGGCUUUGACUUCUCAGUAAACAAUCAGUAUAUUGCAUCAUCAUCCAUGGAUAAAACUGUGCGAGUAUGGGAAUUAUCCAAAGGCAUUUGCAUUCAUGUGAUAUAUGGAGUCUCUUCACAACUGUGUAUUCGUUUUCACCCUGUAAAUAACAGCUUCCUUUCAGUUGGCAAUGGAAGCAAAGAAAUCAAAGUGUUCAAUUUCAGCACUGGGAGGACUAUUACUAAAGCGGUCUUUGACAGUGAGGUUACGUCCAUGGACCAUGAUCACACUGGUCAUCUCAUUUUCUGUGGAGAUGCACAGGGAUGUAUAUACUCAGUGAGCAUGGACUCCUACACUGGAGCAUUAUCUCAGUCUCAUCGUCACAAAACUAGCAGCACAAGCAAAUCUCCAGUCACAACUGUGCAGUACCGUAGUUUCUCUUUGCUAGCAGGAGGGCCCGUGUUGCUGACAUGUACUCAACAUGGAAAUUUGUCCAUCUUCAGUGUUGCCUUGGAAGUACAAGGUUAUCUGACUCUCCGUUGCUCACUCAAAUUAUCUCUGAGAAUACACAGCAUUCGAGCAGCCUUCUGCCCUCUGCUUUCCCUUCAAAAGGGAGAAUAUAUAGUUGCUAGGAGUGAGGAUUCAAAUGUCUACUUCUAUGACUUAACACAACCAAAGACAUGCAUGUGUCAAUAAGCUUCAGGGUCAUCGUUUUCCAGUAGUAGGAGUUGCCUGGAACUAUGGGGAGAACUUGUUGGCUUCAUCAGAUAUUUAUGGUGUUGUUAUAGUAUGGAAGAGAGCAAAAACAAGCUAAAGAUACACAUUUGAAACAGGGACCCUGCUACAAGGAGAUGGGUGUGGGUUGCCUCGUAGAACACAGUAGUUGAACCAAAGCUGCAGAGUAACCAGUUAUAGAUUGAUUCCUUUAUUCAUUCAGUGAAUAGAAUCACCAACGAUACAUUGCAAGCAUGUGAGCUGAAGGUGGAUUCAGUAUCUUAUGCGAAAUUAUUUUCCUAGUAUUUCUUUCUACUUUAUUUUGUUGAAGAGACAAACUGUUUCAUAGAAAGGCGAUUGCAAUGAGGAAAAUU